CUUCACCUUCGUCUCGCUCACCUCACUCGUUCAAUCGCUCGCCGUCCCUCCCUGUUGCACUUCGUCCUCUCGUCUCUACUCCCCCCCCCCAGCUCUAUCCACCAUGCCACCUAAAGGCACCCGCCAGGCCAACCUGCGCGCAUGCCUCAUCUGCUCCCUCCUCCAGACACCCAAGGACUUUGUCGAUAUGGGCUGCCCCAACUGCGAAGACGUGUGCGAGAUGCGCGGCUCGAUGGAGCGUGUCGUCGAGUGCACCUCGACAAUCUAUGACGGAAUGAUCGCCAUGAUGGAGCCUGAAGAGAGCUGGGUCGCGCGCUGGCAGCGUAUUAACAAGAAGCGCCGCGGAUUGUACGCCGUUCGUGUUACUGGCCGCCCACCACAGGAUGUGAUUGAGGCGAUUGAGGCGCGCGGUGGACUGUAUCGUCCACGUGACGCUGUCGAGGAGCUGUAGGAUAUCGGGGCAUGUCAUGUUGUAUGGCCAAUCGUGCGAGAAAGGUCUGACACUGGGUAGUGUGUCAGAGCGGAGAGUGGAUGGGUCCCUCAAUGGUCAGCACCACCAGACACAAACGAUACAGUGGGAACCUCGCGCUCAUCUUCCACAACAACUAUCAGCCGACGAGUCCCGAUUUCUUGAC